GUAACUUCCCCUUUAGGGAAGUGUCGCAGUAAAAAAGACGUCUCUGCCAAGUUUUAGUACAACAUAUACGUUAUGUUUUCAGUGGAGACCAUAUAUAUAUCUAUGGUGGAGACAACUUUAAUUACUCAGUGAAAUGACGCAGUCGCGAUGCUUCUCAUGUUGCUCUGUAUUCAAGCCGUCGUCCAAGUUCCAGUGGUGUCUGAGGCUACGCCGGCACCACCACAAAACAUUCAUGUUGAUAAGUGGCUGCUGACAUGGACUACUGCCACUGAAGAGAGAGAUGUCACCUACACUGUUCAGUACCUUAGCUUUGACAACAUUGUGUGGAAAGAUGUACCAGCCUGCACCCAGACAUCUUUCCACUCAUGUAAUGUCACUAUCACCAGAGAUGAGAGUGAGCAUGGCUGUGUUAUGCUCCGUGUGCAGGCAGAGAGAAACAGACUGACCUCAGAACCAGUCCAAGCCUGUAGCAGAUAUGGUGACUCUUGUAGCCCUGAGGUAAGACUGGUGGCACGGCCUGGCUCACUGACUGUAAAUCUGAGUGGGAACCACAGCAUGGUUUGGGGUCAUGCAGACCAUGUAAAACACAAGGUUUACUAUGGCAAGGAAGGAGAGUCACUGCAGCAGAAGUAUGAAUAUGGUACUUCUUCAGUGACCAUCCUAAAGCUGGAGGAGGGUGAACGUUACUGUACGAAGGUGCAGUACAUUCUCUACAAUCAACCAGUUGGACUGGAAAGUUGCACCCAGUGUGAGGUCAUCCCUGUUUCAAGACACAGGCCAAAACAAACAGAUGUGAUAGUAGCUGUGGUGGUUGUCAUUUUCGUGGCCUUUCUGAUAUCCGGGAUAGUGUACGUCCUCAUCUUCCGACACCAAAGAAUCAAACAUUGGCUUCAACCUCCGUGCGAGAUCCCACAACACUUUCUGAUGCCAUUUCCAGGGCAUCAGAUUUGCAGCUACACCAACAGCAUCCGUGAAGAGCACUGUGAUAUCAUUUCUCCUAUUGAAUGAAAGCAGCCUGCCCUCCCUCUGCUCUACAUCCAUGUGUCCUCCUCAUUUUGCUGUUGUAGGGAUUAGGUUUGACCUGUUUCAGAGGCUUUCCGAAACCUACUACUGACUCCUGACUGAAUACAGUUAUACUGUAUGUAAUCUGCUUCUCCCUGAAGCAUGACUUUCUGCUGAGAUGGAUUUGGAUUCAGGAUAAAUCAACUGAAGGAUAUAAACACUAAAAUGUAUUCCUAUCUUGACAAUCAUUAGGGCCAUAACGGAUGUUGAAUUCCAGAAAAGUGGCAUUGUAGGAGUUGUAAAAUAUAAAUAGUUAUUAAAGUAGUUAUUAGUUUUAAAAAGUUAAACAAAUUGAGAAAAAUGACAUAAGGACCAUAUUUGGCUGCAUUAUUUGCACUGUUUGGAUGAAUACAUAUGCAAUUAUGAUUACUACACUAAAAAACUAAAUGUAAACUAUUCCCUGUCUACCUUCAAACCACAGUCAAAAAAAUCAGCUAUUCAAACAGAGUAGAAACCAAAGCAGACAGCAGUUACACAGAAUCAGUGUGGCUUCUGCCUAUUUGUUUGACACUAGUUUUAGGGAAGAUCAUCACUGGUGGAAAAACUUGAAUCUUAAACAUUUUUAUAUUCUUAAAUGGUGAAUUUGUUUAAUUUAAAGCAUUUACAUUUUGCCUCCAACCAGUUAAAACUGUAAUGUUGCUGUUGUCUGUCUCUAAUAGUGGCCACCACUAUAAUUUCUCUCCACCUACAUGACCAAAACUGCUAAAUGUCCUGUGCUGAUGAAUUUAGGAUGUGUCUGUUUGUUGGAUGUUGCAGGCUUUUGGACUUAGUGACUUUGAGUCAUGUCUCAAACUUAUUGCCAUUAAAUAACUAAUAUUAAGACAGCCAGCUAACAAACAAGGCUGUCCUUUCUUGAAAGUCAAUCCUAAGUCAUCUUCAUGUGUUUGUUGUACAAGUAACAAAAAAAGAUUAAACGGUCAGUAUUCCUAAUCAUGUAA